CCCUACUGAAUUGAAACUUUCGUGUAGGAAAAUUUUUAUAUAUAGUGUUGAUUAUUGUAUUGAUUAUUUUGUUUUUUUUGGCAGUAGGAAAAAAUUAAGCAAGAGGGUGUUUUUCAUAUUCAAACUACGCGUCAAAUAUUCAAUUAAUUUUUUCUUGAAAAUAAAACUAUGGAGUAUGGGUCUAUGCACCUUACUAAAAACGAUCACUUACUAAUCACUACUAUGUUGUUUAUUUUGUGGAAGUGUCAAAAGUAAAAGAAGACUAUUUUUAAGUUGUAAUUCGGCUACAUGAAAAACAUAUUCCCAUCUACAAUUCAACGAUAGUGUUUAUAGCAUUUCACCGAUGAGAAUUGACACCUGAGUAUAUGACAGAGGCUUUUCCAAAAUGGCGAAUACUCAUCAUUUACAAGUCUUUGAACGUCUAACGGAUGUUGUAUAUAAUUUAAAUUACGGUAAAUUUGAUGAUGAUAGGUUAAAUUGUUUUAAAACUUUUAUAUCAUUGCGUGUCAUAUAGCUAACGGUUGAAACCAACACCUUACAAGUGUUGUGAUUUCGAAUGGUAUAUGUAUCUCAUGUUUUACUUUCUUUCAGAGUCAGCUAUGUCGAAAAUAAAUCUCAAUUUUCCAUCACAUUCAUUACGCCACAUAUCAGCGGUGCGUGCGCCACGCACUCCACCUGUGAGACUGACAAGGACGACGGCAGCCCACGAAAAACGUCGCUACCUACAACGUCCGCGGUACGCCUACAUCACUCUUGUCAUGUGCGGGGACGAAUAUGCAAUUGGGGCUGCGGUACUGGGUUGGUCCCUUCGUAAGUUUGAAGUCAAACACGAGCUAGUCGUCAUGGUUACAUGUGACGUCAGUAUCCGAACUCGUAAACUGCUAAUGAAGAUUUAUGACCGAGUUGAGACAGUGAAGUAUAUCGAGUCAAAGACGCUAAGUACACUCCGAGGACACGAAUACAGGAAGGAGAAAGAAUGGAUGAAAUAUUGUUUAACAAAGGGGAACAUGAUGAAAUUUAUUGAGUAUGAUAAGGUUGUAUGGUUGGAUGCAGAUAUGAUAGCACUUGCUAACUUGGAUGAGAUCUUCGAGUUGCCAACGCCGGCUGGUAUAUGCACCAGCAUAAGGGAAAACGGAAGGUGGCAUGGCGAACGAUUGCCUGAAGCUGAGAUUAAGGAGUCGUUAAUUAACAACUACGGGGUGAAAGGGUGCAUUAUGUUGCUCAAGCCAUGCGUGAGGGAUUAUCUCAUGAUUAAGACUCAGCCGCAGGCAGGGCACGGUAGUGUAUACCCGGGACCAGAUGAAUAUUUUUUCACCAUGAUGUAUAAAGAUAGAUGGCAUCACUUGGAUCCGAAGAAUGGUUGUGAUUCCACAAACGUUAGCAACAGUGUUCAACCAUCAGCUGUUCAUUUUGAGCUUAGCAAACCGUGGCAAGUACGAAUUUCUGAUGAUUGUCCAAGUGUUAGAAAAUGGUGGGCGUUUGCAAAGGAUUUGAUUACCGAUCAUCCUCAGUUCACAUCUCUUCUCCCAGCAAUUAGGACACCGACAGUUCAGUCCAGAUCAUGGCUGUUCUUAUCUCCAGUUGAACAAGUUUCUUUUAAAUUAAGAAACGAUUAUACGCCAAAGGAAGACGACAUUAGAAAAAAAAGAGUUGAGAAGAAAAUCACUGGUCGAAGACAUACUGCAAUUUAAAUACAAAAUAAGAUGCACUAUGUACUACAUCGUACAGGACUAAUAAGAUUAUGGUAAGCCUAGCCUUCCUAGCCCUAAUCUCGUUAGGUGCCAGACGCAGAAAAUUGGUUCCACACUUGCCCAGUAUUGUGCCGGUUACUAUGUUUCAAAGACUGGUACGCCUACCGGAAAUAAGUGCCUCUGCAGGAGUUUAAUUGGUUUAGAACGUCGCCAGAGUUACAAAGAUGACGUCACUAUGUCACUACAGACGAUCAAAACAACAUUUUAACAAGCUUGAUAACAAUGGAUUUCAUGAGGAUAGUAAUUGAAUUUUCGACAACAUAAAUGUCUACAGACUAAGAAACACAUAAAUGAGGAAAAAUCAUUUAACCAAUCAGAAGACAGAGGCGGCUGGCCGAGCGAGGAAUAAAAGCAGUGAACAUCUAAAAGGCAAUUUAAAUAUGUUAGUGAAGGAGACCCUAGGUCAGGAGGUCGAAGCGCACUAUGAUUGUUGGGAAAGUAAAACCAACCCUGUGAAAUCCCCCACCACUGAAUGUAAGAAAAAAAAAAUUUUACUUAAAACAUACGUACUUAAAGUUUUCCUAGGUAGUUUUUAGAUGCUAUUUUCCCCCAUUUAAUUUGCGGAUAAGUUAAUCCGUCAUUUUUUUGAAAUAACCAUCGUUAUUACUCUUAUAAGAUAUUUUUAGAUUGUUCGAUUUUUUCGCUCAGUGUAAGUUAGGCAAUAAAAAAUCACAUCAUGCAAACUAUUCAAACAAGUUCUAUUUUUAA